AUUAUGACAAAAUCAUAUUUAUUAAAAUGCCAUAAUAUUUCAAAUAUUUUAUACAGAAUAAUCAAACAUCAUGAUGUCUUCAAGAAAGUUCUUCCCAAAGGCGCCUCUUUUGUUCAAGAGCCUUUCGACUUCAAUGAGACUGUCGGCAGAAGAUUUGUUUGUACACCGCGAUACUUCUGAAAACAACGCUCUCACUCCAUUUGAGUUUACGGAACCUAAUAUGGCUCGUAUCGCAGCAUUGGUGCAAAACUACCCAUCAGGAGCGCAACGUUCAGUAUUGGGAGCAGCUUUGGACAUCGUUCAAAGACAGAUCGGAUGGAUUCCCAUAUCUGCUAUGCAUAAAGUUGCAGAGAUUCUGAGCGUUCCCAGAGUUAGGGUUUACGAAUGGGCCACUUUCUACACAAUGUGUAAGAGACGUUAUCGCGGCAAAUACCACGUCAAGGUAUGUAGCACCACACCCUGCAUGUUACGGGGAGCCGAAAUCAUUCUCCGGGCGACCGAAGAAGCUACUUGCUGCACUGUGGGCGGUCUCUCUCCCGAUAAGAUCUUUGGAGUUGACAUUGUGGAAUGCCAGGGUGCAUGUGUUAACGCACCCGUAUUGGUUGUAGAUGACGAUUACUAUGAAGACGUCAACGUUUGUGAUGUUUACAACAUUAUAAAAGCAAUCAAAUGCGGUAAAAUACCUCAAACAGGACCUCAAAAUGGAAGAUAUGCUAGCGAGCCAAUAUGUGGAUUUACCACACUCCUGGAGCCACCGCCUCCACCAGGGUUUGGAAUACAAGCAGCUUUGGUUUCUAAGAAAUAAUCUGUUAUUGUAUAUUUUUAUAGAAAAAAAUCUUUUACUUUGUCGAAAAAGGCUUAUUUAAAAUUCUUUAAUAACUUACAAAGUUUAUUCUAAGAUGUAAAUAUUGGAAAUGUAGGCUUUUAGUACAACACACCGCCCACUUAAAUGUGGAAUAAAAUUGUUCUUGGAAUAAAAUAUAAUUAUUUAAGUAAUAACAUAUCAAAGAUGAUGAAAGCGUGACUUUAUUUCUGGAGCUGGCUGAAAUUAUCAAAAUGCCUUUGAUAUGCGGUUCUCUGAACUAAUAAAGUUUUACUAAAUAAUUUAUGACCAAAUUAUGUCAUAUCCUAAAUAAAUUUUAACCAGUCG